AUGAAGCCGCACCCUGGUGGCAGGGCGGCGCGCGGCGGUCGCGGCUCAGCUGUAGGGAUGUCGGCGGCUGACAGUGACUCCGACCCGGCUUCUCCUGCACCUCCCCCAACCACUCCUCCGCCUGAUACCGCUCAAGUCCUGCUACAUGAACUGUCCCCUUAUCCCAAACAACUAAAAGCUGCCCAUAUUAAUGCUCAGUCACUGAGGGGGCACGUGGAUGAUAUCAGUGCUAUAUUUCGGCAGCAAACUUUUGACAUUAUUUUAAUAUCAGAGUCAUGGCUAAAGCCGAGUAUUCCCAGUAGUGAGGUAUCAAUAAGUGGAUACGUCCUCCACAGAAACGACAGAAUAAAUAAAGGGGGUGGAGGUGUUGCGGUAUACACCAAACAAAUUUUAAGGGUUAAAUUACUGGAUGCUUCACCUCAGGAGUACUCGGCUAGACCUGAAUAUCUGUUCUUAGAAAUUGGAUUGUCUGGUUCAGAUGCCCUACUUCUGGGAGUUUGUUACCGCCCUCCUAAGAUUGGACAUCUGACUGACUUUGAGGAUGUUCUAUUGCGCCUGAUGCCGUGCUACAGUCGUGUCCUAAUCAUGGGUGACAUGAAAACUGAUUUACUCAUGAAAACACAGAACAAUGAUUACAAACAACUGACUAAUAUGUUUAAUUGUUGCAACAUGACUAUUGUACCACUGGACGCUACACACCACACUGCUGAAUCCCACACCCUAUUAGACAUUAUAGCAGUUAGCGAUCUGAAUGAUAUUGUUCACAAAGGGCAACUUCCAAUCCCUGCAGUUUCAAAACACGAUCUUAUUUUCUGUGUGCUUUCCUAUAAAACGCCUAAGCCUUUUGAAAGAUUCUUGAAAUAUAGGGAUUUUAGGCGUUUGAAUGAGGAUGUCUUCCUAGAAGAUGUACUUCAAGCACCAUGGCACUCUGUAGAAACUCAGUCGACCGUUAAUGAAAUGGUUGCCACAUUAAACUCAUUGAUUCUGUCACUCUUCAACAAGCAUGCUCCAAUUGUUAAAAAACGAGUGAAUAAAAGGCGCCCAGUGCCUUGGCUCACUCAAGACAUUUUAAAUUUAAUGGCUCAACGAGACGCAGUCUAUCGGAAAGCCAGGAGGACUGGUGAUGCGGUGGCCAUGGAUCAGUAUCGCCGACUCCGAAACAGGGUUAAGCAGAGCCUUCGAAAUUCUAGAUUGAGAUACAUCAACACGUUAUUUGCUAAUAAGAAACAGACUUCAACGAUCAUGUGGCGUAAUGUGAAAAAGCUGGGUUUUGGCAAGCAGCCCUCUUCAGUCCCAGUCCAAGUUCCCUUGAAUGAUUUAAAUGAUUACUUUCUCUUAAUUUCCCGACCAAAUAAUAAUGUUGCUCUGCAAAAUUACAUCAACCAACUACAAAGUCUGCCCCCCACGGAGCAUGCAUAUCCUCUAUUCAAAUUUAAGCCAGUGAUGCAGUUGGAUGUCCUGCAUGUAAUCAACAGAAUCAGUACCAAUGCAACUGGUGCUGAUGACAUAUCAAUUCGACUGGUGAAACGUGUCCUAAUCAUGGGUGACAUGAACACUGAUUUACUCAUGAAAACACAGAACAAUGAUUACAAACAACUGACUAAUAUGUUUUAA